AUUUUGUGCGAAUUAUUAUUACAAGUACAGUCAUGACCCAAUUCGUGCGAAAAACCUUUGUUGCACACUUUUUUGUCCUCUCAUCACUAAUCGCACUGCUUACGACAGCGACAAAACUAAAAUCACAUCAUUACAGUGUGUGGCGCUACGAGGAACAGCGACACAACGAACGCCCUAACGUGACAUUCGACGUGAAAAUUGCCGUUCUUGCUGCAAGACAACCGCCCGAAAAUCAAUACAAUUUGUUAGUCAAAUUCGCGAACGUGUUGUGGCGCACAAAUGGAAGCAAUAAUGUUAAUUAUCCGUCGUCGCCGUCGUCGUUGUAUGGCUUGAAAUUGGGCGCGGAAGGACAAUGUAUGAAAAUCUAUGCGGCAGCUGACACUGACACGAAUUUUGCGCGCACUGUUGCGUACUUGCUGCUGCCCGAAAGUCGUUACAGGCUGAGCGAAAUGCGAAAAAAUGUCGACUCGAACGCACUUUCGGACUGUUUUGAAGUCACGCCAUUGGGACAUUGCAAGGUUUACGUAAAAAGCUCGGAAAAUGGCUCGAUUUUGACGAAACAUACCGUUGCGGAUUACUGCGAUGAAGAGGAACCGGUUUAUGAGUCGCUGCUGGAACAUGCGAAACGGAACAUUUGUCCGGAUAGCAGUUUGGAUGCCAAAUAUUUCAUCGAUCAGACGGAUAAUGAGCUGUCACGCGUCGAAAUAUCAUUCAAAAUUAAUUAUCCGUUUGCACGGGUACUUAAUAGCUAUGCGCUGACGUUCAAGGGCUACGAAGAAAUCGAUCGCAAGGAUGAUGUUUCCGACUUGACGAUUCCACACGAUUGCAUCGUUGUUUAAUGCCAAUCCAAUUUUCUAUUUUUAUCGGAUAUUGAUCGAACACACCUCGCCUAACCUCACACCUGAUGCCUUGCCGACCUGACUUCAAUUUCACCAUUCUAUUUUUGUACCGCUUUUUUUAUUUAUUAUUAAAAUAAUAAAUGUAAUUGUUUGUGGAAUUUCUAC